AUGGUCCCACCUUUGGAGGUUUAUAAGCUCAACUUUGACGGUAGCUCAUUGGGUAACCCGGGUCUUGCUGGUUUUGGAGGGGUUCUUCGAGAUUGGAUGGGUAAUGUGAUCUUCUCCUAUGCAGGGCCACUUGGGGUGCGGUUUGCGAAUUAUGUAGAGAACUUUGCUCUUUUCUUUGGCCUUCGUUCCCUUGUGGAGAGGAAUUUGGAGACUUCUUACGUUAUUGAAGGGAUUCCCUCAAUGGAGGCUAAUGUGCUAGCUGAUUCCCUGGCCAAAGGACGAUCUACCAUCUCUAAAGCCGUUAUUUUGGAUUUUGUAAUCUCGUUCUAG